UCAUUAUAUUCUUUUUAAAAUUUUAAUUUUUGGAAUUUUCUUAUUUGUUUGUUACGUUAAAAUAUCCAGUUAAGCUGGGUCCAUGGGGCUCCCCAGGUACGUUUGGAAAUGACCUAACCGGAGACGCUGGGUCAAGCUGAAUGCUGGCUGCGGCGGCUAACGGCCGCCACCGCAGGAGUGCACCAUGUCCACGCUGAUCCAGCAUCCGCGGGCGGUGGGAAGAUAGGGACGGUCUCAGCUCGGCGGGUGCUGCCAGCUCUCCCCUGCCUCUCGGCUGGGGGUGGCUGGGCAGUCAUGGGUGAACCAGGCCGUGAAGAGUAUGAAAUUCAGUCCUUUGAUGCUGAGACCCAGAGAUUACCGAAGACUGCCCUCAAAGAACGUGGUGCUGUGGAUUGGGAGAAAGUGGCCAAUGUGAUUGUGGACCAAUCCCUGAAAGACUGUGUAUUCAGCAAGGAAGCUGGACGCAUCUGCUACACCAUCACUCAGGUGAACAACAUGCCUAUGAUGGUAUUGGUCAACCCUGUCUAUGACUGCCUUUUCCGACUGGCACAGCCGGACAGCCUGCAUAAGGAGGAGGAGGUGGACUGCCUGGUGUUGCAACUGCACCGAAUUGGAGAGCAGCUGGAGAAAAUGAAUGGGCAGAGGAUGGACAAGCUGUUUGGUCUGCUGUGUGAUGGCUUCCUGCUUCAGGAGGGGCUCAGCUCCCUGUCCCAGCUCUUGCUCCUGGAGCUUAUUGAAUUCCGGGCUGCUGGUUGGAGGACCACUCCUGCUGCCCAGAAAUAUUAUUACAGCGAGGUUUUGGACUAG